AUGCUGGCGUUGGUGCUCGUCGCCGGGCUUUUUCGAUCCUACAGAAUUCUGAAGCAGACACAGCACCUCACUGUCGUGAGACAUGCCCCUGAGGGUAUGCGCAUUGCAGAAUGUGGCAAUUGCCGCACGGCGCAGUACGUCAGUGCGCAUGGGCGCAUUUUCAUUUGUUGUGGGUGCCAUUGCGCAAAUCGAAUGCCUUUGGAUGUUGGCCGAACAGAGGCUGGGACUCCAGCAGUAUUCAGCUUUCGUGGACAUGUCAUUAGUGCAGUUGGAUAG